UUUAAUAACCAGACCGAGCCACCAUUUAUCCCCUCCGUUUCUCCGCCCCCUCCUCUCUGCCUGAUCAUGCACGCAAGUCGACGUCUAUUAACGCUGUCUACUCUUUUGGGUGGCCAAAUCCUAGUUGCAAGCGUUUCUACCCUCUGUUAUUGAUGGCAUGGCACAAGCUGCAACUGAAGUGGCUCCUCCUUUGGAUAUUGCAGCCCACCCACCUAAAGAAACAUUGCCUGAAAUCAGAUGGGCUUUUGGAACAGAGAUAUUGCGACAAGUCUAAACAUGCACAUCAUCAUCAACUGUUUCAGCGAGAGAUUGGGGGAUUCCUGCUUGGUUCACUCGAUCAAUGUCAAAGGAUGAUUGGGACAAAUAUGCGCAGAAUUUGGCCUGUGUCUAUUGUCCACCAUCAGAUGACCAAAGGCCCAAACGGUUCAGAAUUGAGGAUAUAGCUCAGUAGCCGAUUCAUUUUUCCCACAUAUUUUCCUCCAUAUUAUGGCUGUGGUAACGCCUCACUUAUCCUCAAUAGGUUUAAA